AUGGAGACCACAGCAUGGAAUGGAUCAGAGAAAUCCCCAACCACCUUCUACCUCACAGGCAUCCCCUCUCCGCCAACACACCUUUUCCUUCCUAUCUUCUUCCUCUUUCUCCUUCUUUAUCUGCUUAUUCUUGUGGGUAACACCCUGAUCCUGGUGGCCGUGGUAGCAGAGCCCAGCCUCCACAAGCCCGUGUUCUUUUUCCUAAUUAACCUCUCAGCACUGGACAUCCUUUUCACCACAACCACUGUCCCCAAGAUGCUGUCCCUCUUCCUGUUUGGGGACCGCCUCCUUAGUUUCCCUGCGUGUUUCCUGCAGAUGUACCUUUUCCAUAGCUUCUCCUGCUCUGAAGCCUUCAUCCUGGUGGUGAUGGCCUAUGACCGCUAUGUAGCCAUCUACCGCCCACUGCACCACCCGGUCCACAUGACCCCACAGACCAAUGCUGUGCUGGCAGCCAGUGCCUGGCUCACUGCCCUCCUCCUGCCCAUCCCAGCAGUGGUACAGACCUCCAAGAUGGCAUAUAACAACAUUGCCUACAUCUACCACUGCUUCUGUGACCACCUGGCUCUGGUCCAGGCUUCCUGCUCUGACACCACCCCCCAGACCCUCAUGGGCUUCUGCAUUGCCAUGGUGGUGUCCUUCCUCCCCCUCCUCCUGGUACUUCUCUCCUAUGCCCACGCUCUGGCCUCAGUGUUUUGCAUCAAAUCCCAAGAAGGACAUUCAAAGGCCUUCUCUACCUGCAGCUCCCACCUCCUGGUGGUGGGCACCUACUACUCAUCCAUUGCCGUAGCCUAUGUGGCCUACAGGGCUGACCUACCCCUCGACUUCCACAUCAUGGGCACUGUGGUGUAUGCUAUUCUCACCCCAGUGCUUAACCCUCUUAUCUACACUCUGAGGAACAAGGAUGUCAAAGCAGCCAUCAUCAAAAUGACAUAUCCCAGAAGGUAA